GUUCCCGACCCGCAGCUUUGCAUUGGCAGUUUGUUCAUUAUAGUUGCAGUUUUUGCUUCAGCUUCAUUUUGUAGACGACGGUUUUGCUAUGGAGCUUUUAUCAUUGCAGUUUAGUAUAAUUCGGUUUCUUGCAGUUUUCCUGUUACUGACUGCGGUUGGAGUCGGAAGUUAUCAGUACCAAAUACUGACAGAAUGUAGGUACAAUUCACCUAGCCUUGAAGGAACUGAAUUUAUUGACCGCUACAUCUUUAACAAACUGGAGUUCCUUCGAUACAACAGCACCUUGAAUAAGUUUAUCGGGUACACUGAGCUCGGAGUGAAGAACGCGGAGCGACUUAACAAUGACCCCAGUGAGCUGGCAGGGGAGAAGUCUAACUUGGAUGGCUACUGCAAACACAACGCUAAACUCUACUACGACCUCAUCUUGGGCAAUUCAGGUACUGGCCAAGCUCUAACUGCCUCCACCUUCUUCGGAUCAGCCAUAACCCCUUCAGAUGAAAUAAUAUAUCUAAGAUACUGAACACGGAUGACAAACAAA